UGAAGGCGCCCGGAAGCGGCAGCCGCGAGUGGUUGUGACUGCGGCACGUCCCCCGAGUGUGAUGCUCGGAGUUUCCUGGUGUCCUCCGAGCCUCCCUCUGGAGGUCCUUCCCUAGGGGUGUCGUUCGGGCUCAGGCUCCGGCGUUGCCUGCUCACGUGACUUAGCGCCUGGAAAAGGAAUGGGAGUAAGAAUGGAAAAAAGAGAGUUUGGAAACGAUUCCUGAGACACUAAGCCGAUUCCUGAGACACUAAGCCGUGACUUCUGUAACUCAAAGAUGGCUGAUCCUUGGCAGGAAUGCAUGGAUUAUGCAGUAACCCUGGCAAGACAAGCUGGAGAGGUAGUUCGUGAAGCUAUAAAAAAUGAAAUGAAUGUUAUGAUUAAAAGUUCUCCAGCUGAUUUGGUAACUGCUACUGACCAAAAAAUUGAAAAAAUGCUUCUCUCUUCCAUAAAGGAAAAGUAUCCAUCUCACAGCUUCAUUGGUGAAGAAUCUGUGGCAGCUGGGGAGAAAAGCAUCUUAACUGACAGCCCUACAUGGAUCAUUGACCCUAUUGAUGGAACAACUAAUUUUGUACAUAGAUUUCCUUUUGUAGCUGUUUCCAUUGGCUUUACGGUAAAUAAAAAGAUGGAAUUUGGAAUUGUAUACAGUUGCCUUGAGGAUAAGAUGUAUACUGGCAGGAAAGGAAAAGGAGCCUUUUGUAACGGCCAAAAACUGCAGGUUUCACAACAAGAAGAUAUUACCAAAUCACUUUUGGUGACAGAGUUUGGCUCUUCCAGAGCACCAGAGACUGUAAGAAUUGUUCUUUCUAAUCUGGAAAAGCUUUUGUGCAUUCCUAUUCAUGGGAUCCGAGGUGUUGGAACUGCAGCUGUUAAUAUGUGCCUUGUGGCAGCUGGAGUUGCAGAUGCAUAUUAUGAAAUGGGAAUUCACUGUUGGGAUAUGGCAGGAGCUGGCAUUAUUGUUACUGAAGCUGGUGGAGUACUAAUGGAUGUGACAGGAAUUAUUUUUGGUUUGAUUUUAGGUGGGCCAUUUGACUUGAUGUCACGAAGAAUAAUUGCUGCAAAUAGCAAAACAUUAGCAGAAAGGAUAGCCAAAGAAAUUCAGGUGAUACCACUUCAAAGAGAUGAUGAAGAGUGAUUGCAACAGCCCCACAUGUUCAGUCACAGCUGUAUCUUCCCAUAAUUGCUGACACACUGAUGGUGUUAUAAAAUUUAGGACAUUUCAGAUGUAAAAUAUGACUGGUUAAAAUGGUCUUUGAUAUUCAUAUUUAAAAUGCAGUUUGUUGUAUCUUUUACUAAGACUAGGUAUGAAAGAAUAGGUGAUGAAAUAUUUCAUUGUUUUAAAAAAAUUUUGGGUGUAUGUUGGGGAAAAAUACACAGGUGGUUGAGACAAGGUAUCGAUCACAUCAACUGAAAUAGCAGUUUAGAGUUUCUAAAUAUAUAUGAGUCUCUGAAAGUUUGACUAUGUACAUAAGCAUUCUUAAUUAGAUAGGUAACUUUUUGGAAAAAAUCUCUUUAGUUCCCAAAGGUAUAUUUAAUUAAAUUUGUAAGAAUAUAAUGGCUACUUCCUAGACCAAGUUUUUUUUCUUUGCAGAGAACCUUGUUUUAUUCAUCUGUGUACACAUAGCACCUAGCAGAGUACCAAAUAUGGACAAUUCAAAAAUAAGCAUUGAAAUAGUAUUUUGGAGGUAGCAAUUCCAUAACAUAAAAGAAAUGAGCUCACCACUCUUUAUUUUUAUUUUAGGUUUUGAGGUAAAAAAAAUAUCAUUUUCAUAUCUUACAUUAUCAUUCCUUAUAGCAUUUCACAUUGCCAUACUAUUUCAAUUAUCUUACUGCUAGCUAUCAUUUCUAAUUGUGGACAUUCUGCACUUAAUGUAUUUUCUAAGACACUGUAUUACAGUAUUUAUUUGGAUUCUUUUAAAGUUCCUAUGUAAAACAAGCUGUUUCAGAAAAUCAUUCUCAUCAGGGGUCUAUUUUUUUUUUUAUUCUGUAGUUAGAGACACUAUAAAAUUGUACUAAACUCAAUAUUCAUGUUUUGAAGACGUUCAUAUUGACCUGAAUGUGCACAGAAAACCUAGAACUGGUAGAUACACUGUAUUGUUAAUUUUAAGCUAUGUUUUUCCCCAAAAACUUAUUUAAUUUCUUUGCCACUGGAUUCUAUUCAGUCUUAAAAUAUUCCUUAAUAGUCUUUGGCUUAUGAAACUAAAAAUUGUUCUGGUUCAUAGUUUUUUAAAAGGUUAAUUGACUGCUUAGCCUUGUCCCUGGGUACUUGAACAGAGUAUUAGGUUUUGUUAUGGUCUCAUGUGAGUCUUGUAUUUGAUAAAAUGAAAAGUACAUCUGUAAAGUAGGUAAUUUUAUUGUUGUGCACAUCUAAUAUAUUUUAAAAUGUGGUACUUAGAUUUGAGUAUAAUUACUGUAUUUGUACUGUUGAUCAUGUUCAAUAAAAAUAUCUUGUACUAUAUUCUACGGUUAAUUUUUCAAUUAAAUGUAUUUUAAUUGAGACUCAAAAAUAAAAUUAUAAAGUAUGA